AUACAAGAUAUAUAAUUUUUUUUAUUUUCAUAAUUUACAUCUUGAUAUUUCAGAUAAAAAAGAAUCUUUUUACGCUUGAGUCCUUAAACAUUAAACCAGAAUGGCAGCUCGUGAAACAGUUGUGGAACCCCUUCCUCCUCCUUUAAUAUCACAGGAGGAACUUCUAGAAAUAGGAAAGGGUAUGGAGGUGUGCCUGGUGAAGGUUCCAAAAAGUUUAGAUAUCAACAAGGUUUUCAACAUAGACAUUUCUAACAG